AUGGCUCUUGAAGAAGCUGAGUCUGAAACGGAUAAUGAUCCAGAUUCAAUCGACUGGAAGCUUCUAUGUUACGGCCCAGCCAGUUCUCGUACUCUACCAGUCAACCGUCGAUCAACCCCUCAACAUACGAUGGCUUAUCGACUACGGCAUUCUGCUAUCACUUUCACAUCACAUCCAGUGCUUUCCCGGUUGGCUAUGCUGGGGUCUUCCAGCUGUGGAGACACAAAUUAUCCACAACCUUCCUAA